UUAAACUUAUCAUGGCGGCGUACACCGUUGUACAUCUGUGACAGGACGAAACCAGCAAUAUUUCUAGAUGCGUUGAAUGUUCGUGCUUAUACUUUGUCUCAGUGGAUAUUGACUAAUUAUAUUGGAACAUGAACGUGAAUCUCCAAAGACUUUUCCACCGAUUAUGUCUAACGAUGUCACAGACACGGCCUCUCCACUUCAGUGGCAGUGGGCAGCAGCUGGAAAAGGUUGCUGAGGCAACAGCUUCAGAUGUGUCAAGUCAGCUGGCGUUCUGCAAGACUUCUGAGAGUGAUCCGAUGUUCCAUACAGAACAGCAAGUUGGUCAAUACUACACUAUCCCCUCUGCACAACUCAAGAAAGCAUUCCCUAAUGGAUUGCCCCGACGCUUCCAAAUGCAGAUAAAGACGUUCAAUGAAGCGUGUGUCAUGGUGAGGCAGCCAGGGCUGGAACUCAUCUCUUACCUGAAAAGGGCAGACUAUGCCAAACCUGCGCUACGCUACAUCCUCUUUGGAGAGGUCGGCUGUGGGAAGACCAUGUCUCUGUGCCACACACUGCAUUUCUGCUCCACUCAAGGCUGGCUAGUCCUGCAUGUACCUGAUGCUCAUUUGUGGGUCAAGAACUGUAAGGAGCUGCUGCCAUCAUCAUCCCGCCCUACUCGCCUUGAUCAACCAAUCGAGGCCUCCCAGUGGCUUAAGAAUUUUAAAAUCACUAAUGAGCAUUUUCUGUCCAAGAUAAAGACAACGCGCCGUUAUAUUUGGACAAAAAGAGAGAGCACAGAAGAAGGGCGGCCUUUGGGGGAGAUGGUUGACCACGGUAUGUCACGUGUAAAGAGCAGCAGCGAUGUAGUGGGGGCCUUGCUGCGGGAACUGAGGCUGCAGGCAGGGGGCGCCACUGAGGACGCCUUCAGAUUGGCUGUGGCUGUGGAUGGAGUCAAUGCGCUUUGGGGGAAGACUUCUCUGAAGAAGGAGGAUAAGAGUCCUGUAUCUCCAGAUGACUUAACACUUAUUCAUAACCUGAAAAAGAUGUUGAGGAAUGACUGGUGUGGGGGAGCCAUUCUCACAACGCUCUCUCAGACAGGGUCUCUGUUCAAACCUCGCUCAGCCUAUCUUCCCACGGAGCUGCUGGGAGAGGAGGGAUUUGAUAACAUGGAUCCUUUUGUGCCGAUACCUGUUUCCAACUACAGCGAUAAGGAGUUUGAGAGCUGUUACCUGUACUACAUGGACCGGAACUGGCUCCAGCAUCCUCACAGCCGAACAGAAGAGGGAAGGAAAGAACUCCUUUUCCUCAGCAGCAGAAAUCCAUCUAUCCUAGAAAGAUUGUGUUCCUUCCUGUAAUAAAUCUAUCUCGCUCUCGCUCUCUUUCUCGCUCUAUCAGAUAAUACAUGCAAGGAAUCAUGUGCAACUGAUGCCUUCAAUAAUAAAAAUCUUUUGGGAUAAA